AUGAGUGAAAAAUUAUGUGCUGAAGAAUUUUUACCCCAAGCGAGCAUGGAUGGGAUAGCGGACACAGCAGCGAAUGUGGCUACUGUUGCAAGUGCAGUUGGUGGCAGCGGCCUUGUAUCACCUGCCUUGGGAGCGUCCUUGGGACUGAAGGCGUUCCAGUUCCUCCGUGGCAAAUAUCAAAAGGGUGCAUCGACUGCAAAGUAUCUCGCCACCUACAUUGUUGACCUCACUAUAAUUCUCCAUGAAAUCUUGUUGGUUUUGAUGGUAGACCCUCCGAGAAGCUUGUCGGAAGAUAUCGUCAAGACUCUAAAUGCGUAUAAGUCGCAAUCUGCUGGGAUUUAUGCGCAACUGCAGGGGGUGAUUUACUCUCCUAGACCAGAGAAAUUUGUCGAGAAGGUGAUUAGGGAUGCCCUUGGUAUGCCUGCAGAGGCUUGA